AUGCCUGGAGCAGGAGGAGGUGGAGGCGGCAAGAAGGAUAUGGACAUCAACGAGCUAUUUGACUCAGUUCUGGGCAGAAAAUCCGCGUUAUUUCCGGACCAUGGGGGUCGCCAGUCGGGCGGAAAUCCCAGAGGAUCCUCGAAACACGGUCCGACUCCGAGAGACGAGCACAUGAAUCCCUUCGAUAAUGGGACGGCGCCAUUAUUCGGAGACAUGAGGCGCGAAACAAACAGGUUCGGGGACACCCUGUUUGGCAACGGAGUAGGCGCUCCACAGGAUACCUUCAUGACGCUGGAGUUGAGCCUCAAGGAUCUUUACCUGGGUGUUGUCAAAGGCUUCAAAUUUACACGAAGACUUUGGGAUGGCAAGGUGGAAAAAAUCGUCCGCAAAGUGGAUAUCAAACCGGGUUGGAAAGAUGGGACGAAGAUCCGUUUUGAAGGGUUAGGCGAUGAAGACGAGGAUGGAAGGGCAGGAGCAUUGGUAUUUGUGGUAGCCCAAAAGCCGGAUCCGAAGUUCAAACGAGAGGGGGAUGAUUUGAUAUACACCCACACGAUCACACUGGCGGAAGCGCUAGCGGGUCCGGAACCGGAGCACGAUCUGAACCGGGGACUGAAGCAUCUGGACGGCCGAAACGUGGUCUUCAAGUUACCGCACAUCGGCGCCACCGGCGGGAGACCCGUCUGGCCCGGCUUCGAAAUCCGAAUCCCUGGCCAAGGCAUGCCUAUCACCAGAAAAUCCGCCGGACGACUCAGAGGAGAUCUCAGGGUCCAGAUUCACAUCACCUUUCCCGCCUGGUUAAGUGCUGCUCAAAUCCAAGCCGCCAGACAGCUCAAGGAAUGUAGGUCCUUAUGCUGCUCAUUCACUUUACCAUCAUGCAACUACUGA